AUGGAUGGUAUGGGAAAAAGAUUACAACAGCUAGAGGAAAGCCAGUCAAGUCAGCAGCAUGACUAUAAAAAUGCGGAGCUAAGUCGAUCGGAAGACUCAAAACUUCCAGAGUUAGAAGGAGACGUUGGGAAACUCCAAAAAACCCAUAACACAGUUGGUUUAUAUACAGCUGCAGAUGAAAGCCAAGAAUCAAAAGAUAUAUUUGCAAUCCUUACUACUCUAUCUUUACAGAUGGAUGGUAUGGGAAAAAGAUUACAACAGCUAGAGGAAAGCCAGUCAAGUCAGCAGCAUGACUAUAAAAAUGCGGAGCUAAGUCGAUCGGAAGACUCAAAACUUCCAGAGUUAGAAGGAGACGUUGGGAAACUCCAAAAAACCCAUAACACAGUUGGUUUAUAUACAGCUGCAGGUACAAGUAAACAAGUUAACAAGAAGCCACAUAUCAAUGUCAAUUUAAACAACAUAUUUGAUAAACCAAUUACUCCGAAAAGGCCAAAAGAAACAAUAGUUACAACACCACAAACCUCAACCUAUGCCAACAACCUACACCAAAAUAAGAAAAUAUACAACCAUAUUACUCAGACCUAUAUAGAGAAUAUAUACAAAAUUCAAACAUUCCUAAACCUGAACCCCAGAGCAACUACUACAACAGAUCCAACACAGGACUAUAUAACCCAAAAACUCCAAGGAUAUAAUAGGCUUAUUGCACAGCCAAAAACUAGAGCCAAUUUAGUAAAAACAUGUUACAAUUACGGAUUACUUAGCACGGUAUAUACCUAUGAUGGGGAAGAGAUAAGUGGAAUACCAGAGCUAUAUAAAGCAUUUAUUACAUUCAAAAGAAUUACAAAAGGAAAUUUAUUUUUUAUAAAAUUCUAUACAGCACCAGCUGAGAUACUAUACGAUGAGAUAAAACCUAUUAUACAAGUUGUAAAAAUAGGAUUGACACGAGAUAUGAUAAUACCAGAAGAAAUAGAACAACAACCAGAAAUACCAAAAAUCGAGAUACCACGCUUUUAUGCCAACAAAAGAAUAAUUGGGAUAACAACUAUUAUCCAAGAGCUAGCCAACAAUUAUUUACAAGAAAAUGCUAUCUGGAGCUACUACUCAAGAGGCCAACUAAUGAUAUUUGCAAAUUCAAGAGAACUACGACAAGGAGAUAUGGAUGAAGUCCAAAAAUGGAUUUUAUCAGUACUAAAACCAGAGAUACAACCAACUACAAGAGCACUAAAGAAAGGAUUUAUUUCCAAUGAAUUAUUGACAAGAUACUGCAAAUUAGUAGGACACAAAUACCCAGAUCAUAUAUGUUCAAAAUGCGACGGAGAAGAUAACGAUGUACCAGAAGUACAACUGGAAUGA